AUGGACCACAGUCAAAACAACAGACCGGCUUCCCAGCUUAUCGCGGGAUUCGCCUCCCCCUCGACACCACAGGGUGCAAGAAACAGCCUACGUCAGUCAAACGGCAUGCGACAGUCCUCUCGUUUAAUGCAAUCUCAAGUGCAGUCUUACCAGCCUGCUCAUGAUACCGAAAAAGAGGAGCUACGAGUCCAGCUAAGCACCCUCAAAUACGAGCUCGAGAACGUCAAGCAGGAACGAGAGCUCGAGACUCUCCGGCACGAAAAGGAGCUCCGAGAUGUACAACUAAAAGCAGAUGCGGAUUUUCGCAAGGCCCAGGCCGCCGAAUCUUCCAGUAAUCGUGCGAACCACAAAAGCGAUUCUCUGGCGAAAGAAUUGAAAGAAGUGCAAGACCAAGCUCUGAAUGAGAAACUUGGGUUUGAAAGAAAAAUUCGGGGCCUCCAGGAUGAGAAUCAGAACUUGCAAGAAGAGUUCAACGACAACCAAGCACAGCUCUCUGACCAAGAACGACAAUUCAAAUAUCAAAUCAACGAGCUGGAAACAGUCCGCGCAUCUUUGCAAAAGACCAUCGAGGAGUUCCAAACCGAUCUCCAGAACGCCAGGACACUCCAUGAAACUACUCAAUCGAAGCUCACUCAACGCGAAGCCGAGGUUGCUGAGCUCGAAGCGGAGAAUAUUCGGUUAAAGGCCGAAGGGACGGAUGCAGAGGCUCUCACGGUAUUGAAGAGGGAACUUUCGGAACAAGUGAACCACAUCCGAGAGCUGGAAACAACAAACCGUGAUCAAACUACAGAGUUACGCCAUCUUCGGAAGGUUUCCAAGAAUGUCGAGGUUGUGGAAGAGCAAAAGAAGUCCGUUGAAAACCAGCUCCAGCUGAUGAAGGGUGUUGAGGCUGAGCUCAAUACUCUGCAAAUCCAAAAGCAGGUUCUUGAAGAUGAGCGUGCCUCUUGGGCCACUUUGCUACAAGAAAACGACCAGCCUGCAGAGUUUGAUUCGCCAGAUGCCAUUGUCCGGACGCUCGUUGAAAGUCGCAUCGAAAUUGCCACACUGAUGGAUCGUCUUGGCAGCGUGGAUGCGAAUAUCGUUGAGAAGGACGAAGCUAUCAAGAGCCUUGAAACUGAGAAGAUUGCUCUGCGGCAGGAGUUGGAAAACCUCCGAGCCGCAGGAACCGCGGCUGCUGGAGGCUCGGGUGCUAUGGAAGCUAAACUACGAGCUCGACUGGAACGCCAGCGCGCAUUGGCUGUGAAGGAGGUCGAAUACCUGCGGGAUCAGUUGAAGACCUUUGAUGCCGAAGAGGUCACGAUGAACGGCGACCAGAUGCAAUUUGAUGAGCAAAAAUCCUUGCAGAUCACACAACUUCAAAGCCUAGUCGAUGAAUACCGCGUCGAAAUCCAGAAUCUUCAUGACCAGCUCUCCAAGCAAGAGGAACCGAAGACUGAGCAACCGAAAACACAAGGGGUUAAGCGGCCUCUGUCCCCCGCCGACAGUGACGCUGAAAGUGAGCGCCUCGCCGUCCUCACUCGCAAGAACCGCAAGCUUCAAGAAAACUUGACCAAGUUUGACCAAGCUGCCGCUCUGGCACGCCGGGAGCUUGAGGCCGCCAAAUCCCAGAUUAAAUCACUCAAGUCGAAGUCACGAACUCGCGUUCUUGAAUUGCGUGAUAAUCCAACAGCCCAGACUGAGCAAAUCAAGAUGGCAACUCUGACCACCCUCCAGUCUGAGAAUCGUGAUCUCCUCGCACAGCUGCGCGGCGAAAAGGUCAAUGCAAAGGUUGUUUCCAUCAACGCUGUCGACAGCAUCAAACUCGAAAUGCAAGAAAUGGAGCGCACUGUCGCAGACAAAGAGAAACGCAUGCGACGACUCAAAGAAAUCUGGACUGCCAAAUCGUCUGAGUUCCGUGAAGCUGUGGCCUCCCUUCUUGGUUUCAAGCUUGACUUCCUUCCCAACGGCCGAGUGCGUGUGACCUCCAUGUUCCACCUUUCCUCGGCGUAUAGACAUGGCGACAGUGAUGCGCCGUCAGACUCUGGUCCUGGGAGCAUGGGCAAUGGUGAAGAAAACUCGAUCGUAUUUGAUGGAGAGAACGGUACGAUGAAGAUCUCGGGUGGGCCGAACAGUUUGUUUGCCAUGGAGAUCAAACCUCUCAUCAAGUUCUGGGUCGAGGAACGAAAGGAUAUUCCCUGUUUCCUGGCGGCCAUGACUUUAGACUUCUACGACAAGACAACUCGUGCGGCAAGGAUUUGA